UUAAAGGGUUGUUUUUACUCUUUGCUUUCAACGAUGGGAAGAUCAAAGAAACCUCAAAAGUUUGCUGUAAUGAAAAAAUUGAUAAGCCACAAAGCUUUGAAGCAUUACAAGGAGGAGGUUCUGAAUCCAAACAAGAAGGACCUCACUGAACUUCCGAGAAACGUUCCAAGUGUUCCUUCAGGGCUUUUCUUUUCUCACAACUCUAGUUUGGUUCCUCCUUACCGGGUUUUGGUGGAUACCAAUUUCAUCAACUUCUCUAUCCAGAAUAAGAUUGAUCUUGAGAAGGGAAUGAUGGACUGUUUGUACGCAAAAUGCACUCCUUGUAUCACGGACUGUGUCAUGGCUGAGCUGGAGAAGUUAGGUCAGAAGUAUCGUGUAGCUCUGAGGAUUGCAAAGGAUCCCCGAUUUGAAAGACUACCUUGUGUACACAAAGGGACAUAUGCUGAUGACUGUCUCGUUGACAGAGUUACUCAGCAUAAGUGCUUCAUAGUAGCUACUUGUGAUAGAGAUCUAAAGCGAAGGAUUCGCAAGAUUCCUGGUGUACCAAUCAUGUAUGUGACACGACGCAAGUACUCAAUAGAGAAGCUGCCUGAAGCAACAAUCGGUGGAGCUCCAAGAUACUGAUAUAGGAAACGAGACCCAUGUUGAUUCCAAGAAUUUUGGGAAGCCUAAGUUAGUGUUGGUUUAAGCUGCGAAUCAAAUGAGUAAGAAAGGUUGUGUUAUGUGAUAUUGAGCCAUUUGUGUUCAAUCUCUGGCGAAAUCUGUCUGUUUGAUAUUGUUAUUGUACUUCUAAGCAUUAAAGACAAUUAUUUUCU